AUGCACCUAGCAGUCGCAUUGCCCUUUCUGUGUUUCAUUGCACUUACAGUGGGCAUGGUCAGCAAUGGCGCAGACCAUCUAAAGCGGCUCACGCGUUCACUACUGUUGCCCUCGCUGGACAAAGAGACAGCACCGUUGCUGACAUUUCUGGCCGGCUUUGGUAUACCGCUGGAGGACUCGCCCUAUGAGUAUGUCAUCUCCGGUUAUGUCAUGAGAAUGCAGUACUUUCUGCCCUACAGUGCAGAGCAGCUGAGCGAGGUUUACUUCAAGCCACAGCCCAUAACAAGUAGAAAAAGCAGCGCUAAGCGCAAUUUGGGUUGCGUAUACCGUUGGAUCUUUUAUCGCGGCAUUGAAAUGAUACUAGAGGACAUGCACUUGCCUGGACACAGCUGUCUGCUGCGCAUCAUCUGUGAGCAUGCAGCACUGCCCUUGAGUCACGAAAGUGGUUUACUCGGCGAGCUGCUGAGCAUUGUGCUCACGCCCUCCAGCUCCGUUGACCAGCUGCUGAAACAGCAGCACAGCGAGUAUUUGGUGGCGGAACGUUUUGGAAAGCGCGGUGGCAGCUGUGAGCGCGCUUAUGGUAAGCUAUGUCAGAAGUCGCCCAUGGAACUGAUAAGCGUGUUGUUAGCUCAUGAUUAG